UCUGCUGCUGAGGCUUUGCAGAGCAUACAUAGUGGCAACGCCGUGUCUGCACACACCAUGUCAAGUGCCAGCAAUUUCAUCGCAGGUGCUUCAGCGGUGUCGUCCCAAGCCACACUGACAUCGACUUACUCACCUUAUUCGAGUGCAGGUUCGGUCUCGGGCUCGAGGCCGGGCCCCGGGCAUUCUAGCUCUGGAGGUGAGCCGUCAUCUUCGUCGAGUGGUCCGACCUCCAGCAACCACCAGCUAUCCGCUCUUGCAACACUUGGAUUCAUCCCCCUUUUUGUGCUUGCCUUCCUCCUCCUCCGUCGGCGAGGCAUUGCACAACGUCUUGAGAAGCGGCGACCUUGGCUCUUUGGCCGAGACACAGGCGCAUAUGGAAAUGCCGCCGUCGACAGCUCACGCUACUUCCAUGACCAUCCCGGUGCGAGCGUAUCUCCGAGUCGAAGGAGCAGUUUCGGUACCGGAACAGCUCUGGAUGCUGGGAUAUCGUCCGAACAGUGGGAAACAUUCCCCACGCUGUCGUCAGAGACCAACUCCCGGUCCGCUCUGCCCAGUAUCACAGUUCCGCGGCCGAGCCGGCAUGUAGAAGUUGUCCCAGAGGUGGGAGAAGUAUGCCCGAGCAGUCUGAAUGGCUCUAUUGCGGAGCCCGCUCUUGUUGCGACUGUCCACUCCGAUCCGCUGCCGAUAAUUCGAAGUUCUGAACGCGAUAGCUGGGAGAACGAAAGAGCGCAAUCGGAGGCGGGGUCCCUAGUCUGGGAGGAAUGGCCUACUGUCCCUGACAAUUCUGUGAUGAACCAGCGUAGCCCGACGCUUCCCACUCCGAUUUCAGCGCGGCCUUUAGCUUCCUCCCAGAAGUGCAUCUUUCCCACCCCGUUGCAAGAUCAUAAGCCGAAGAGCGUCAAGUCGGUGCAAAGCACCCGGGAGUCCAUUAAUGCCAAUUCGAAGUACAUGACAGCGCUCGAAAACCCGUUCUCUGACUUGGCGAGUGUGGGCAUGGGUCUCGGCGCCGAAACGAGCACGGAGGAUGGCUCGGACGCACAGACGGCCGAUUCGUUCUCGACUGCAGAUCCGGAGACUGCAUCGCACUUUGCGCGUGUCGAGACGAUCCGCAGACCAUUCGUUCCAACGAUGGAUGACGAGAUGUCAGUGCUGCCCGGCGAGACUGUGCGCAUACUGCUGCGCUACGAUGAUGGUUGGGCGUAUGCAGAAAAGUUGGGUAGUGGCCGGCGGGGGCUCAUCCCGAUCGACUGUUUGCGUAUGCCUGAGGAAGACCUGUCCGCUUUCCUUGCUUCCAAACGCUUGAAUAGUUAUUCCGUAACUGAUUCUCUGAAGGGGAUCCCCAAGGACGUUGAGAUUGAUGCCAGGACGACGAUUGGGAAAGCCCUUUGAGCCGUUCGUUCAUACAUAUAUGUUUUGUAGCUCAUUGUACGUCCAUCAUUCGCGACUUCUAUUGCGACAUCCGCCACGACCUGUCUAAACCUCCCGCAUCCGGUGGAACUUCAUUCAUCUGUAAAACAGUCCGUAAUUCGCUUUCUUUGUUUGAUCUUUCGCAUGUACCCCUCGGAUACCCUUCAGUGGUGUUGAUAGUAUGGAUCCAGAGUUUUGUCCGUCUGUUGUUGGCUCUACUGUAACCAGUUUUCAUAUGCAGUGCACUUAGCUAUGUGCUAUUUAUUCAAGUCGAUUAGAUGUCCUAGCUGUUAUCGUUGAGUUGUCAUAAUGUUGUCAUUGGUCACUUUUAGCACAUAUACGAGCAGUACGGGAAUACAUUCGCGUCGCUGUUGGUCUUCGAGUAUCGCCCC